AUGUACCAACUCCAUCUUAGACAGAGAGACAAUGUUCAAUGGCACAGGUAUGUUUGGAACAGACUUUCUACUCCUAAAUAUAGGUUCAUCCUGUGGCUAGCUACUCAAGAUAAGUUAAAAACCAGAACAAGAUUACAGAAAUUUGGAGUAGUUGAUGAUUGCAUAUGUCCAAUUUGUGGUUCUAGUCCAGAAACUAUGGAGCAUCUUUUCUUCAAAUGUGUGCUUAGCCACAAGGGUGGCACUGAGGUCAUGAAAUGGCUUGGUUUCUCCCACUGCAGGGAUGGGAUUGGACCACUCUUCAAAUGGCUGCAGAGAUCUGCAGGUACUGAAUUCAGAAGAGCUGUUGCUUACACUAAUACUGUUGCAUUAGUGUAUCAUGUUUGGAAAGCUAGGAAUGUUGUGAUUUGGAAGUUUCAGGUGCCCACUGUGCAAAACCUUGUCAAAGUUGUUCAAUCAGAUGUAAAGUGUAGGAUUCAGAAUCUUAUUGGUAGGAAAGUUCAAAGCAGAGAUGUGGACUGGUUCCAGAAGUUGUAA